AUGUUUUUAAGAAAAAAAAAUACAAAUAAAGAUUAUUAUUUUGGAUGUAGAUUAAAAUCUUUAACUAAACAAAUACCAAAAGGAUUUAUGUCUGGUGGUGCUGGUUAUAUAUUAAGUAGAAGUUCAAUUAAAAAAUUAGUAACCAAAGGAUUCAGAAAUUCAAAUAUAUGUACUAACAAGUUUAAUGGUUUUGAAGAUGUUGAAAUGGGAUGGUGUUUACAAAAAUUAAAUAUUUUUCCAUCUUAUAUUAGUGAUCAAAAAGAAACAAUGAUGUUUUUUCCAUCAAAAGCAAUAAUAUUAUAUAUUUUUGAUAUUGAAAAAAAUGGUACAUCUAAAGUAUUAAAAAAACAUAUAUAUGAUAAAUUACCAAAAAAAGAUAUUCAAUCAAUGCCUAAAUAUCCAAUAAGUUUUCAUUAUAUUUCACCAAAUAAUAUGUAUAUUUUAAAUUAUCUUUUUUAUAAAGUUAAAAUUGAUAUUGAUAAUUGA